CAGCAAUAUCACUAGCCAUCGUAUGAUCCAAGUCUAAACGCGUAUUGCUACCAGAAGGACGGUCUUGAAAGCGGUGAGAUUUCAUCUUUCCCAAGUUCUGUUGCUGUAGCCUUCUCCGAAAGCAAUUUGCCGUGGAUCUGAUUACAGGAUCCACGAGGUUACCAUUGCUGGACAAUCGCAGUGAAACACAAUGGAGGCGAAAGCCCAUUCCAAAGAGAGCUAUUCUAAGCCUGGACAAGUUUCAUGGAUGGAACAGGACCUUGCCGAUUGCUCUCGCGACUUUAGGCCGUUAUCGCAAGAACGAGAUGCGGGGACUAGUCUCGACGGGUUACCGCGGGCGAAAGACGGACCGGCCCUUCAUGUGGGAGUCAUUGGAGCAGGGUUUGCUGGAUUGAGGUGUGCUGAGAUCUUGCUCGAUCAUGGAGUUCGGGUUACGGUUCUGGAAGCUAGGGAUCGGCUUGGUGGGCGUGUUCACCAAGUAGAUUUGCUGGGCCAUACAGUUGAUAUGGGACCAAACUGGAUCCACGGCACCCUCAACAAUCCCAUCUUGAAUCUGGCAAAGCAAACAGAAACGGCUCUUGCUGCAGUCGAAGACUCGGCGUGCAUCUUCGAUCAAGAUGGAGAAUUCAUUAGCAAUGAAAAAGCAACGGAACUCCUAGACCUAGUCUGGGAGAUUAUCAGAGAAGCCUUCAAGUAUAGUAACGAAGACUGUGCAAAUAUCUCACCGGAGAGAAGUUUGAAAGACUUUUUCCUUGAUCAGGUCCGCGAGAAAGGGUUGGCUGAAGAGAAUCAGACCUUGGUCUUGCAGAUGGCGGAGAUGUGGGGAGCUUUUAUAGGAGAUCCGCUGGAGAGGCAGAGUUUGAAGUACUUUUGGCUUGAGGAGUGUCUGGAUGGAGACAAUCUUUACGUGGCAAGCAGCCAUGCCAAAAUCCUAGACAAAGUAGCCGACGCGGCUGUCAAACGCGCAGAAAUCCUCUUUAGCACCAAAGUUGUCAACAUCGAGAACAUGGGCAGUCCAGAAGGAGACAAGCGCAAGGUCCGCGUAACAUCAUCCGAGAAUCAAAACUGGGAAUUCGACGACGUAGUCGUCACAAUUCCCCUCGGAGCGUUGAAAUGUGGAAUUCCCAAUUUCAAUCCACCCCUCUCUCCAGCAAUGACCCGUGCCAUCCAGAAUACAUCAUACAGUCGACUGGAGAAAGUAUACAUUACUUUUCCAACAGCAUUUUGGGAAUCCUCAGGCCCAGACUCAGACUCGGACACAUCGAAUACAUCACCAUCCAACUCAACAAAGUCCCCCUUCCAAUCAUUCGCCAACUUCCUAAACCCAACCUAUUCGCCCACCACGAACUCGUCCGCCUGGAGUCUGGAGGUAAACUCCCUCUCCAAUCCCUCCACAUUCGACUCUCACGCUCAACCAACCCUCCUAUUCGGCAUCUACGGACCCUGCGCAACACACAUAACAACCCUCAUAAAAGAAUUAUCACCCUCCUCACCCGAAUACUUCAGCGUGAUCGACGACUUUUUCCGUCCAUACUACGCUCUCUUACCAAACUACGACCCGACCAAGCCGGAGUGUCGACCGCGUGCCGUUCUCGCGACGAAUUGGCAGAAUGAUGAGUUUGCUGGGUUUGGAUCUUAUAUGAACUUUAAAAACAGUCUAGAGCCUAAAGAUGGAGGGGAUGGAGAGGGGACGGAGCCAAGAUUGGAUGAUGAUAUUAGGGCUUUGAGGAAAGGCAUGCCGGAGAGGGGGAUUUGGUUGGCGGGUGAUCAUACGGCGCCGUUUGUUGCCCUAGGCACUUUGACGGGGGCUUAUUGGAGUGGAGAGUUGGUGGGGAUGAGGAUCUUGAAGGGGUAUGGGAUGGCUUUGGAGUCUAAGGGCGGAGAGGGAUCGGCAUUGAGUAAUGGGGAGAAAGAGUAAAGAUGCCGGAGAGAGUUAGACCUGAUGGUAAGGGUGGGAUGGGAGAUAUGGAGAGAAUGAAGCAUGACUUUGACGGAGAUCUGCAAUCACUUGGUGCAGUAGUAGCAAUUCUAUCUGUUAAAGGUUGUGAGUGGUACUGUAAUAUGUUUCCUCUGAUCUUA